AUGAGUGUCUUUAACAGUGCGGUGAGCCGCAGGGGCCGACCGCAGGGGGCCCGAGCCGACAGAAAAGCUGUGUUCUCUGCUGAGGGCCCCGCUCCCUGCACAUGUGUGAUGAUGUCAGCAGUUACAGGUUCCUCUCCGUCCUCAUCCCACAGACGGCCGGGGGGCAGAGGUCGCGCCGUCUGGGAGGAAACAGCAGCCGCCGCUAAAUCAACCGCAUCACAGCAGCAGAGGCAUAGUUGGAGCGUGAUGUCAGCCGCCUCCACAGGACGCCACUGCGGAUAA